CGCCAUCUUGCGCGGGGCACGCCGGGACCGCCGGGGGCGCCCGCCAAUGGCGGCGGAGGGCGCCGCCUCCGCGCCGCCGCCCCGCGGCCGGGAGUAAGGGAGCGUCGCCAAAUUCCCUGGCGGCCGCGCGGUGGCGCGGCGGGGGCGCCGGGGUGAGGGGCAACCGCCCAAAACCCGCCUUCGGCUCGCCUGGCCUCUGAAGCAGCGCUCCGGCAGGACGUGGCUCGGCGGUCCGGCAGCCGCGCUCAUGGACCGGGCAGCAGGUUUUUAAGGCCAUGAGUGGAGAUGAGGACGACUGGCUGGCUCUGAAGCCCCGGGAACCAUCCCCGUCGCAGUGCUGCGGCAGCGGCUGCCGGCCCUGCAUCUACGACGUGUACGAGAAAGCGCUCGCGCGGUGGGAACGGGCCAAAGCAGAGCAGGACAAAAGCCUCCUGGCAGAAAAGGAGGAGCAGAGCAAUAAUUCAGAACUAAAUCCAGAUACAUUUACUGCAUUCAGCAUAAGCUCCGUGGAGCAGCUGACAGAGGACACCUACCAGUACAAAUUUGAAUUACCAGGAAAUAGCAGUCUGCGAUUGAGUUUAGGACAACAUAUCGUGUUAAGAGGAGUGGUGAAUGGUUUGGAAGUCCAGAGAGCCUAUACUCCAAUUAGCCCAGGGAAUGCAGAAGGUUACUUUGAAGUUUUAAUAAAAUCAGGUUGUUCUUUCUCGGGUUUAUCGGUGGCAUCACUUCUGCCAGCGCGGCUGUUUUGCUCAUCGGCUCGUGAGGGUCGGACCGGACGCUGUUCUCUCGCCUCAUCCCGCAGGCUGCGGCUCUUCUUUCAUGCGCAUUUGUUCUCACUAACCUGCUAUGAAGCUGGGCUAAUGUCACAAUACAUAAAAACCUGGAAAAAAGGAGACAUGGUCUUUUGGCGUGGGCCGUUUGGAGGGUUCCCAUAUCGACCUAAUAAGUACGGAGAACUGCUCAUGCUGGCUUCUGGUACCGGCCUCGCACCAAUGCUUCCCAUUCUCCAGUCCAUAACGGAAGAUGAAGAGGAUGAAACCUUUGUAACUCUUGUUGGCUGCUUCCGUUCAUUUGGAAACAUUUAUCUGAAACCUCUUCUCCAAGAGCUGGCUCGAUACUGGAAUAUCAGAAUAUUUUACAUCCUGAGCCAGGAAAGUUCACUGGAAAAACUUCCUUGGAGCUACCAGGAAAACACGUACACUGGUCGUCUAAAUGAAGACUUGAUGAAGACGAUAAUAAAUUCCUGUCGAAGAAAGCCAUUUGUAUUAAUAUGUGGCUCCUCUGCAUUCAAUCAAGAUAUGAGUAGAUAUUUGAAAUCAGCAGGACUUGAAGAAAAUUCCUCUUUUGUCUUUUAGCAGGAUAUUCCUCACUUAAGGAACCUCAGGCUGAGCCUUGGACAUCCUUGUUUCCCUGCAGACACUGCUUCAAAUCAGCCAUCUCAAUAGUUGGAAUUUCUUGUGCGUGUACUUUCAUAGGCCAUUGGAUCAAAUAUUUGUCGCCAGCAUCAUUCCCACUCUUGUGAGUGUUUUAAAGAUCGGGUGUCAUUAGGGAUUGGCUGCUACAAUCACCCAUGCCUCUAAUGGUAAUUUUAAUGGAAGUCUUCAUGUGCAAUUUCAAGAGAGAUAUCUCUUAAGGGUACUACGAAGCACCCAAAUAAACACUUUUGCUCUAAUAUGAA